GGCUCAGUCGCGGCUCAGCUGUCUGCAGUUUGUGACAUUAAGAGCAUCAAAAUAAAGUAAAACAAACUUUCUGCCCGCGUGUUUGUGGACUCACGCUUUUCCGUACGGAUUCAGGACUUUUGACCGACACUAACAGGCUUUUGAAGGAUGCCGAAGCACGACAGAAGAUUUCAGUUUAACUGAGAGGAGGAGGAGGAGGAGGAGCAGGAGCAGGAGGGGGCUGGUGGAGGUUUGCCAUGGAGCGAGCUCACAGCCUCCUGCUGAACGAGGAGGUGUGCAGUCAGCUGGCUGAACCUCAGAGGGCGGAGUUCAUCUUUGAAUGGCUGAACCACCUGAAGAAGCUCCUUCCUGCCACCGACCGGGCCGACAUCAAACAGAACCAGCGGCGUCUGAUCGACCAGCUGUCGGGCGUUCUGAUCGGCUCCCCCGGCCCGCCGACCCGCUGGCUGCUGGCCCACUGCUUGGCCCUGCUCUACCGCCUGGGAGACCCCGUUCCCUCCAGCCUAUUGGUCGAGAGGUGCAAUGACAUCAUCCGCAGCAAAGACGACUCUCCGUCGAGCCUCCCCACACGGCUGGCAGCCGUUUCGUGUGUCGGCGCUCUGUUCGAGCAGCUCGGCCGGAUGCUCGUCGGCUCCUUCAAAGACACGCUGGCCAACCUGCUGAAGGCCAUGAAGAGCGCUGAGUCUCAGGGUCGGUAUGAGAUCAUGCUGAGCUUGGAGAAGAUCCUGCGAGGUCUGGGAGUCAGCGCCGUGCCGUGCCACCGUGACGUCUACAAGGCGGCGAGGACGUGUCUGACGGACCGAUCCACGGCCGUACGCUGUGCCGCUGCCAAGUGUUUGCUGGAGCUGCAGAGGGAGGCGGCGUUCCUGUGGACCAGCGAGCUGGAGAACGUGGCCACUCUGUGCUUCAGAGCCUUCGAAGGAUCCAACUACAACGUCAGAGUGUCGGUCGCCAAGCUGCUGGGAACUCUGCUGGCCGCCGCCGUGGAGCCCCGACAGCCCGCAGCACCCCCCAGACAGGGUGGGCGGGGUCGGAGCUCCCUGGAGGAGGUGAUGGAUUUGUUGUCGGGGGGGUUCCUGCGAGGCGGCGCGGGUUUCCUCCGAGCCAGCGGAGACAUGCUAAAAGGGACCAGCUCCGUCAGCAAGGACGUCCGAAUCGGAGUCACGCAGGCCUGCGUGGUCUUCGUCUCCACCCUGGGCGGCUCCUGGUUGGAGGCGAACUUCCCAGCCUUCCUGUCCCUGCUGAUGGAGUUGGCGUCCCACGGCAGGGCCACGCAGACGCCGGGAGACGCCGUGGUGACCCGCUGCUGCGUCUCUUUCAUCCUGAGGACCACCCUGGGGUCUCUGCUGGGAGAAAAGGCUCAGACCAACGCCGCCAAACAGCUCUGCCUCGCCGUGGCUUCGCAGAAACGAGCCAUCGGUGAGCAGAAACUGUCCUCCGUGUGUUUACAGCAUGCGGCUCUGACUGAUGGGAACAUGGAGACCAGAGUUUCGUCUGCAGACGUCUCAGCCAGUCAGCAUGUGUUGGUGUGCUGCCUGGUGGAACUGGGAGCACUUAUACAGGGACUGGGAUCCACCGCCGCCCCCCUCCUCACCGACAGCAGCACAGCCCUCUUGGAUACGGUGGUCUCCGUCCUCCUCCACCCCGUCUCCUCGGCCUGUCUGGCCGCCGCCUGGUGCCUGCGCUGUGUUGCCGUGGCGAUGCCGUCCCAGGGUUCCCUGCUGCUGGAUCGCUGCGCCGAGCGGCUGGUGGCGCUGAAGUCUUCCCCUGAAGCUGUGGCCGGGUACGGAGCCGCCGUCGCCGCCCUGGUGGCUGCAGUGCAGCACUGCCCUCUGGGAAUACCACACACCAAAGGCAUGGUGGUUCUGGGUCUGGCUGAGGACCUGCUGCGUUCAGCCUCUCAGAACAGUCGUAUGUCUCUGCAGAGGACUCAGGCCGGCUGGCUGCUCGUCUCCUCUCUCAUCACAUUGGGCCCAGCUGUAGUAGAGCACCACCUGUCCCGUCUCCUCCUCUUGUGGCGGUGUGUGUUUCCUGCUUCACUCAGGGAGCAGGAGAUGGAGCUGCGACGGGGGGACUACUUUACGUGGCAGGUCACACUAGAGGGACGUGCUGGGGCGCUCUGCGCGAUGAAGAACCUGCUGCUGCACUGCAGGGAGCUCGUCACCGAUGACAUCAUCAACCGUCUGCUCACACCAUUGGCCUGCGCUGUGGCCCUGCUCACCAAGUUGCCGGCUCUCGUCAGGUCUUACAGCACUUCAGUUCGCAGCUGGUCGGUCGUUUACAGGCUGAGAGUCUACGAGCUGCUCGCUCUGCUUCCUCCACACAACUACCAAGAGAGCUUUGGUUUGGUGAUGAACCAGCUGGUGACUGACCUGUCUGGUCAGGACAACCUGAACCACCCGUGUCCAGAGCUCACCCUCCUUCCUCCCCUCUGUCACCGUGACGACCUGCCUCUGGUCGGCCCCGCCCUCCAGGACACCGACCACAAAUACAUUGAGGAACAGCUCUACGGCAGCAGUGUGGGAGGCGGCUCUCUGGACAACGACACCUUCAGUCUGUGUGAGAGGAGUGAUGAAGCCCCCGCUCCUCUUCCUCCUCCCGUCGCUCUGACAGCUGCCGCUGUCCGUCUCUUUGGAGUGCUCUUCCCCCACAUCAUCUCCGCGCAGAGAGUCAAGAUACUGGAGCAGUUUGUGGAGACAGUGAACCAGCUGAAGGGUCAACGGCAGCAGACCGUCCAGACACACGUCUGUGCUGCCCUCUGCAGUCUGCUCAAGCACCAGGGCGGGAUUCGGGGGUCUCUGGGGCCGGAGGAGGUGCGUUCCCCAGCGUUGUCCCUCCUGACGGGGGCGCUGGAGAGUGCCAGUCCUCUGCUGCGCUGUCUGGCUGCUGAAGGACUGGCCCGGCUGGUUCAGGUGGUGGGAGACCCCGGCUUCACGGUCUCCGUCUCUCUGCUCUGCUUUGACAGGCUGAAGACGGCUCGAGACGCAGCAUCUCGCAGUGGUUACGCUCUGGCCCUGGGGGCGCUGUACCGCUACACUGGAGGAAUCAGCUCACCUCAACACCUGUCCACCUGCCUGGGAGUCCUGUUCACCCUGAGCCAGGACAGCACCUCACCUGAGGUCCAGACCUGGUCUCUCCACAGUCUCUCUCUGGUAGUCGACCUGUCUGGCGGUUUGUACCGCACCCAUGCCGAGCCGUCCUUCACCCUGGUGAUCCGGCUGCUGCUGUCGGCACCACCCACCCACCCCGAGGUUCACCACAGCCUGGGACGCUGCCUGCAUGCCCUCAUCACCUGCCUGGGCCCCGACCUGCAAGGUGAGGGUGCAGCAGUGUCCGGUCUCCGCUCCAGCUGUCUGGUGGGAUGUGGAGUGAUGCAGGCCAGUCCAGACUCUCUGGUUCAGACCAGAGCCAUUUCCUGUCUGCAGCAGCUGCACAUGUUCUCACCGCCACACGUCAACUUGGCCAGCCUCGUACCUGCGCUCUGUGAGAUCUUGUUGGACUGUUCCAUGUUGGCCCACCUGUGCAGUUCUUACCUGUGUCUGCGUCGGGCCGUGGUGGCGUGUCUGCGGCAGCUCGUCCAGCGGGAGGCGCUGGAGGUGUCCGAACACGCCGUGACUCUGGUCAAAGAGCUGCCGAGACGAGACAACACACAGCUGGACGUCACCAUAAAGGAGGUCGGCCUGGAAGGAGCCCUGUUCACUCUGCUGGACCGGGAGUCAGAUCCGGGUCUGAGGAGGGACAUCCAGGAGACUCUGGUCCACAUGAUCGCCUCCAGCGCCACCAGUGGUAAACUGGGACACUGGCUCAAACUGUGCAAGGACGUCCUGUCUGCGACCACCGACUGUCGGGCUCCGGUUGAGGCGAGUCAGGAGGACGAGGAGGCGGACCCCGCCAGAGACGACGACUCCUCUGCUUUCAGAGCUCGGUCGGAGUCCGGCGGCCCCUUCACGGCGCUGCGCUGGGCCACGCGCCGCUUCGCCAUGGAGUGCGUGUGUCGCAUCGUAGCUCAGUGCGAGACCGCAGACCCGGCUCACUUCGACAUGGCUCUGGCUCAGGAGCGCCGCCUGCACGAGUCCACUGACUUCCUGGUCCUCCAUCUUGGCGACCUGGUCCGCAUGGCGUUCAUGGCAGCGACAGACCACAGCGACCGGCUGCGGCUGGCGGGUCUGCAGACCCUGCUGGUGAUCAUCAGACGCUUCUCAUCCAUCCCCGAGCCGGAGUUCCCCGGUCAUGUGAUCCUGGAGCAGUACCAGGCUAACGUCGGAGCUGCUCUCAGACCAGCCUUCAGUGCUGAUGCUCCUCCUGAUGUCACAGCCAAGGCCUGCCAGGUCUGCAGUGCCUGGAUUGCGAGCGGCGUGGUCAGCGACCUGCGUGACCUGCGGCGCGUCCAUCAGCUCUUGGCCUCCUCAUUGGCUAAAGUCCAGGCCGGGAGGGACGCGUCCAGCCUGCUGUACAGCGAGGCCACAGCCACGAUGGAAACACUGGCUGUGCUGAAGGCCUGGGCCGAGGUUUACAUCGUAGCCGUUCAGAGCAGCAGACAGAAGGAGAGCUUCGAUAGGACGGCCGACCUGUCCGUCUCCUCGCUGGCCAAUGACAGCUCGGGCUCUGACUCAGACGGCGCGGGCCUUCUGAAGUUGGUCCAAUCAGAUCUAUCGACGCUGAGCCGUCUGUGGUUGGCGGCGCUGCAGGACUACGCCCUGCUGACCCUCCCACGGGAGUACGCAUCGCAGUUACCUGCGACAGGAGGUUCUUUCUACACAGCAGAGACAGUGAAACAGGCCAGAGCUCAUUACUCCUCCUCCUGGGCUCCCAUCCUCCACGCCACCUCCCUCUGGCUCCACAGCACCGGUUUCGUGAUGUCAGACGACACACCCGCCAACCUCUCCAGGCCGGCCACGCCCACCUCCAUGGGACACACUGGCUCUGUGGGCGGAGCCAAGAGUCCAGAGGACAUCAACACCGACAGACUGCAUCUCAUAUUGGGGAUCAGUGUGGAGUUCCUGUGUUCUCCGCACUCUGAGGACCAGAUGGAGAACAUCACUUCCUGUCUGCGAGCUCUGCAGGCGCUGCUGGACGUCUUCUGGCCCCGAGCCAAGAUCGGAAAUGACCAGGCUUUGAGCGUGGAGCUGCUCAGCGUCCUCCACAGACUGAUGGUGACCCGAGAGUCGGCGUCGGUUCAGCUCGCCGUGUUGGAUUUACUGCGACAGAUUGUGACGGCGGCUCAGGAGCACGUCAGGGAGAAACGCCACAGUGCAGAGGUGGACGACGGUGCGGCGGAGAAGGAGACGCUGCCGGAGUUCGGUGAGGGACGGGAUACCGGCGGUUUGAUUCCUGGACGCUCGCUGGUGUUCGGAGCGCUGGAGCUCUGCCUCUGCGUGCUGGUCCGGAAACUUCCACAGCUCAGCCCCAAACUGGCUGGAACCAGCCCGACAGGUCCUGGAGGUUCAGUCUGGAGUCUGACUGACAGUGACUGUCAGCUGGUGUCUUCAGCUCUGUGUGUCCUCUCCGAGCUGCCGUCUGUUUGCUCCCCUGAAGGCAGCGUGUCCAUCCUCCCCACUGUCCUCUACCUGCUGCUGGGAGUCCUCCGAGAGCUGGUCCAGCAGCCCAGUUCACACACUGGUGCCCCGGUGGCGGGCGUGGCGGGUGCGGCGGGUGCGGCGGGCAGCGCCGGUCUCGGCUCGGUGGUCCAGGCGGCUCUUCAGGCUCUGAAGUCCGUGGUGACGUCUCCGAUGAGCCGACAGGAGAAGAGUCGAGGAGCCUGGAACCUCCUGCUGAGAUCGGCUCUGAACACUCUGCUGGGACUCUGGGACGCUGGAGACGCCGCCGUCGAUCAGAUCAGCCUGCUCACGGCUCUGACCGUCUUCCUGCUGUCUGCCGGUCCCGACGUCUGCGCCGUCGAGCCGCUGCACACGCUCUGUCUGCAGCGCUUCACCGCCGGCGCGGACGCCAAAGACCCGCUGGUCGUGAGUCGCUGUUAUCAGCUGUUGACGUCAGUGUUCCAGGCGCCGCCCGCCGUGGCCGUCCCGUUCAUCCGGGCGCUCGCACCGCCGCUGGUCCGAUUCCUCCAGAAGGUGGAGAGGAGUCGUCCUCAGAGUCCAGAGGAGCUGCUGAGCGUCCUGGAGGGGGUCCGAGCCAUGGAGGCCGUGGUCCAGGCUGCGGACGAGUCACAGCGUCCUCAGCUGGCGGCCAUCUUGUUGCCCCUCCUCAUCUCCUUCCUCCUGGAUGAAAACGCUCUGGCCUCGGCCCCCGCGGCGUCCCGGUCUCUCCAUGAGGCGGCGCUCAAGGACCUGAUGCGUCUCAGCCCCCAGCACUCAGCCGUCUUCAGGUCUCUCAUCGCGUCGUCUCCUCACCUGAAGUCUCGCCUGGAAGCCGCCGUCAAAGGAAACCAGGAGAGCCUGAAUGCUAAAGCUAGCAGCGCUAACGCCGCCGGCCGCAGUGCCGCCAAGUCCUCCCCCAGCAUCACGCUGAAAACCAACUUCCUGUAAGAUGGCUCACCGUGGCGGCGCGUUACGGUGCUUUCACUGUCCCCUCGGACAAAUGGACCCUCUGUCGUCUGAGAAUCUGAACGGUAGCAUGAAGAACAAAUCAAGCGGUGAGACGGACACGCCGCCACGUUGGAAGAAAGUUUUAUUGUGACAUCACUUCCUCUUUCAUGAAUUCUGGCUGAAUGUUUAACGUUCAGGGCGACAAUCUGUGGCGUCAUCAUGGCGGAUCCAACAUGGCGGUGUGUUCCUCUGAUCCAGUUCUGAUGGUUUAAACUACUUCCUGUUCUGCUCCAGAUUCCGUCUCCACAGAAAGUCUCAGCUGUCACUUCGUCUCCGUGGUACUACGCCAUCAGUCAGAUUAGAACGAACCAUCAACUCGUUUUCAUCCGCGGCCUCACGUUUAGUCCGCUCUCGCCAAUUCUCCGUGCUCGAUCAUCAGAGACCGACGCGUCUGCCUCGCUCUAAACUCUGAUGUGUCGCCAUGGCAACAGAUGUUUGAAGCUUGAAGUAAAAACUACGACGUCGGUUGAAGAAAGGGUCUGACGGCAGCGUCCAGCCCUGUCGUUGUUGCUCCUCACGGCAGUAGUCCCGCCCAUGGCACUGAUUGGCUAAUCGUUAGCCCGCCGCGGCGCUCAUUGGAUCGCCUGUUUUGUCACACGAGAAACGCCGUUUGAUGAAUCAGGUCAGAAGGUUUGCAGCCAAACACGUGAAACAUGAGAUUCAGCUGCCGAAGAAAACUGACCGGCAGUGCUUCCAGUUACUGAGUGUCCCUGAACGCAGCAUAAAGGCUGAUUUGAGGACAUGUUGAACGAGUUUGUUCUUCUUCUCUGAUGUUAAUGGACGUUAACCAGAGCCGAUCAUCAUCAUCAGUGAUUGAUUAUCAGCUGAUUGUUUCAGCUCUGCAGUGAGAUGAAGUGACAGCUGACGGAGGAUUUGUUGAACCAUCAGCAGUGAUCAGAGAUAUUGAUGAUUUAUUGAUAAGAGGAGGAAAUCGAAGCAGAAUGGUUGUUUCCUGUUUCUCCAGAUGUUCAUUAACUGGUAAAAACAGCUGCUUCGGUUCUACCAGUGGACAGCUUUCGGCUGCGCUGAGAUCAGCUGCGACGGCUUCACGUUUCACAUCAGAAACACGUGUACAAACAGGAAGCUGCAGCAGCCCUGACCGUCUGUGACGAUCAGUCCAAACGUCUCCAUCCAGAAUCAGACGAGAACACGAACGAGCUCAAGUUCAACCGAUGUUUUUAUAGAACAGAGGAGAGAAGCUGAAGAUGCUGCGUUUUCAUUAACACACACACACACACACACACACACACACACACACACACACACAGGGCAUUACAUUUCAACUGAAGGAUUAACUUUUAAUUAGUAAAUAAGAAGAAGACGUUAUAGAAUAUAAUUAAUAUUCUAAGUAUAGAAGUCAAUUUGGAAAAAGUCAAAAUCUUUCGUCCACCUGUUCAAAAUGUUUAAAGAGAAACUAGUCGUUAGUCACAGUAUUCUUUUACAAGCGUAAAGUGUCACAGAGUGUUUUUAGAUGCUUAAAGGAAGUAAUAAAUAACAUGACCUCGACAUGUGACACGUUGUCAUGGCGGCGCAGCACCAGACACCGAGGAGCCGAGGACGCGCUGCUGCGAGUCAGAUUUUUUUCUGUUGAUUUAAAUAAACUAAAAGUAAAAAGUUCAGUUUAAUUAUCAGAACAGACUUUGGUCUCGACACCUGUGCAGUACCUGCAGUGGACGACCAAUCACAGGGAAGCAUUCUGAGGCUUCUCUGAGACCUUGACUCCACCCGCCUGGGCUGUGCAGGUACAGCAGCGCUCACAGCGUCUGUGCUGUUUGAUCAGGUCUGUCAGGGAGAGGAAACGUUCACUCUGAGGCUUUUAUUUUGAAGUCAUCUUCGUCAUCUUCGUGUCGAGUCUGCGGUAUAAUAAGCUCUGUGUUCAUUUUAACAAUGAACAGAGGUCAAAGGUCACGAGGACUCGUCUUCCUCUGACCCUUCAGUGAAUGUCAGUGAUGGAGAGGAGCUCGGAAAAUGAAUGAGAUUUUUUAGUAAAGCGAUGAUUUGUUGGGUUUAAUCUUGUCAAAUAAAAACACGAGCUGAUGACUCUUUGAUUGUAAUCAGUUACGGUGGCCUGGAAGGGACAAGUGUCUUCAGCACUUCAGCUGAACAGCAGUACAGCGUCACGACGUGGCGACCACCACGUCACAACAUCCACCACGUCAUGUCCAAGCAGACAGGAAGCGGAAAGAAUGAUUUUAAAGGACUUUUAUUUUCUGCGAAUGUGAAUGUUCAUAUCAGAGAAGAAUAAAAACAUUUCUAACAGACAAAAACACUAAAGAUUUACCUGCAAUAAGUGUAUGAGCCAGGUGAGCUGUGUGCUUCUCUCUGCCACACACACACACACACACACACACACACACACACCUGCUGUGUGGGAGCUCACCUGGCGGCUGCUCUGUGACCUGUACAGGUGUGACCUGAAUGAAUGAGGUAACAUGUUGUUUUCUAACAGCGGUGAGUGAAUAAAACCUG